AUGCAUCGCACCUGGGCCCUGUCAGCAGUCCUGCUGUGGCUACUGGCGACAGUGGCCGGGGAAUUCUACGAGACCUACUCUGGGAAGCAGAUAUCGCCUUUCAAGUACGCCGAGUACCAAGCCUUGGGACUGGUCCCUUACUGCGCGCAGGAGAUCAAAACAUGUGACGAGCAUGAAAAACGUCGUGCAGACUACUCCUGCAACAACCUGCACCAUCCCAUCAGAGGCACCACAAUGAGCCCUUACAGGCGACUGCUGUCUCCAAAAUUUGGAAGGGGCGAUAACUUUAGACCACAGAUGUCGGGAACGCCUUUGCCCAGCGCCCGCGCAGUCCGCACCUCUCUAUUAUCCGACGGGCGUGUUGCAGACAAAAAGUGGACUUCGCAGUUAAUGGGUGGUUUACUCAUUGUCACCACAGACAGCACUACUGUCCAUGAUAUUUUCAACUACGUUGUUUUCACGCCUACUUGCUGCGUCACAGGCGAUUCUGAUCCCCGCUGCCGACCGAUCUACGUCCCUAACAACGACAUCCAUCUUCGCUAUAGCACAACUCGAUGUAUCAACCUCACAAGGCCUAUAACCUAUCAAGAUUUGGGAUGCGCUCCGCCGACGUUGCCUCCAGAAAGAAUCAACCUGGCACCUCCGCAAUUAGAGCUUUCAAAUUUAUACGGCGAUACCGAGACUCGAAUGGUGCGAGGAAGGGAAAUGCGCGGUGGUAGGCUCAAGACGGAAUUUGUCAAUGGCAAAGAAUGGCCUCCAUCUGGGUCGUACAUAUGCGUCCAGAACCAAUUAACCCAAGGCGAGACUAGAUGCCACGAUUCCCCUAGCUUAAUAAGCAACCUGUUAAUACAAGACAACGUGUUCAUAAUCUGGCUUUACCGGAACCAUAACAGAUUGGCCCGCCAGCUGGAACUAAUGAACCCCUGCUGGAACGACGAGCUAAUAUUUUCGACGGUCAGGGAAAUACAAAUUGCUAUCCUCAACCAGAUCUGGUAUUAUGAGAUGUUUGCGCAACUUUUAGGGUAUGAUUACCUCAAAGAGAAGGAGAUAAUUUACGACACAAAAGGACACAUCAACGACUACGACCCCAAAUUGGAGCCUCUACUUAGCAUCGAGUACAUCCUCACAACAAGAUGGUUCCAUAACAUGCAGGAUGGUCGGCUUAAUAAAUACUCUCAGAAAGGAAAACUUCUUCAAGAGCUGAACAUAGUGGACUACAAUCUCCGCACAGGAGCCUUGCCACUCAACAAUACCAUCGAGGGCAUCACCCAGGGUUUCUUCAGGCAGGGCAGUGCGAAAGCUGACUAUGUUAUUGACCCUGAAAUGGGUGAAAGAGUCCUGGGAAGUCUCCAAGCGGUAUCCGAUAUCGCGUCGAUAGACAUCCAGAGGGGCCGAGAGGCUGCGGUGCCGCCAUACGUGGAAUAUAGGAAGUUUUGCAAAUUGAAAGUGCCUAAGAAGUUUGACGAUCUUUUGGAAUGGAUGCCUGCAGAGAAAGUAGAUUCCCUUCGCUUCAGAUAUGAAAAAGUGGAAGAUAUAGAACUUCAUCCAGGAAUCAUGGGGGAGAAGUUGGAAGGCACAUUGCCUCCAACCGCGAAGUGCAUAGUUGCUGAACAGCUCUGGUGGUGGAGAAAGUCUGAUCGCUUCUGGUAUGAGAACAAUCAGCAUCCUGGAGCUUUCACUAAAGAACAACUGCUAGAGAUUAGGAAAGCAACGAUGUCGAGUAUCGUAUGCGACAACGGUGACGACGUCAACGAAAUCCAGCCCAAGAUGUUCUUCUUGCCAGAUGAAGGAAAUGAAAUCGUAAGCUGCUCAAAGAUCCCGUCAAUGAGUCUCAAGCCGUGGAAAGACCAUUGUGGAAAAGACCAUCCAGAACCAAAGGAGACUAGUGAGAGCGAACCUGAAAACAGCAGUGAAGAGGCUACGACUACAGUUGCUACUACUACGACUACGGCUACAACCGUUGCAGAGACCACUCCGGCUAAAAACGCAGAUGGGGAAAAAGCAACUCCCGAACCUGAAGACGACUGGGACUUUUGGGAGAAGUGGAAAUAUUAAAACAGCUCACAACAUUUAGAUUAAUUUUAAAGCAAGUCCCCAGAGCAGCGGGAAAAACUGUUUCGCUAGGUCAAAUUGUUUUGGUAUUUACUAUUAAAUAACGAUCUUAGAAGAAAUAUACGAUACACCUAAUGAAAGGCAUUAAAAUACGAGUGUUUUAAUGCCUAAUUAUGUACAGUUAGAUACACUGCUUUAUCUACACACAUAUUAAAAGUGUGAUGUGUUCGGGAACCGCGUGUUACGACUGGCGAAA